GAUACAAGCAUAAUUUUUGUCACUACUGCAGAUCGCUUUCUCAGUCGAGCGAGUCCUGCACUGCUGGAUGCCGUAUCCGGAAUUCCCGAGAUGCCAUCAUCAACGACAGGACCAGAGAUUGCCAAAGGGUUCAUUGAGGUGCAACGGCCAGUAGCACUCGCGAAUUCAUUAAUCCAUGUGCCACCGGAUGGUCGAGCUAUAACGCCUAUGCCUUUUUUCAGCAGGCCGCAAACAAGGAAAAUUGACGCCAUAGAUAGUUCGCAGAGCAGUAUUUCAGAGAGUAUGAGCUCAAGUACCUCCUAUCCCAGUGUCACCACCAGCAGUGCUCCGAACGUAUCCGCGGAACGGCUCGAUGAUAGUCAAGAUAUCUACGACGAGAUCAUCGAAAUGGCGCAAUUGGCCGAGUCUACAGUGCCCACUCUUCCCUCUUUCAUUAUCUCUGCUUCUGACAGACCUGCUAACCAAACUCCUGAAGUACGGAAGACUGCUGGAAAAUCCCACCAGGAUGCAUCUUUUUUUGUGGGCAAUGCUGGGAAUAUCGGUGCUGACCAGCAGCGAGUCGAUGGCGAAAGAGCUGAUGAUUUGAAUAAACUGCUGAAAGCGAUCCCGGAUGAAAUUAGGCGCUCGCCACUCAAGGCUUCGCUGACCGACGCACGGGCAGUCAACGAGGGCGCAGGUGCAGUGCUGCCAGUUCGGGGGCUGGAUGAGGGGAAAUCAUUUAUUGCUGAGAAGCAGGUGCCCAUCCCGACGAUCAAAUCAAUCUCGAUGACAGUAUCCAAGCAAGACGAUCGCAUGGAAAGGCUCCUUUCACCAGCGUCGGAUGCAUUCCUCGCAAAUCGUUAUUCGCCCAGAUUUUUACCACAUUUCGACAAUUUUGCUAUCUUCCAACAGCAAAAAGAGAGCAGCACGGAUGUUGUCACUGACUUGGUGUUUCAGACUACUUAG